GUAGUCGCCAAUGCCAGUCAAGUGACGGACCGAGUUGCAGGUAAAUGAACGAUGAAGCCACUUACCGGUGAACUCUUCUGAUUCCUGAUUGUGUCACGACAGUAAACAUCUAUCAGCCGUAAGUGAAGUAGACACAGACGAUGUUGCCAGUUGAGACAGAGGAUGGCGAUGACUCGGGCAGCACAGCAGCGACCCCCGAUGACAACGACGAUGCCGAGGUCUCCCCCCACACCUGCACCCUUCACACACCCCUCAUCCUGGAGGAGUGGGGGCACAAGACGGAGCCUCUGAGUGCCCAGCUACGGCGACGCGCCAAGUCCCUCUGUUCCUCCUCCUCCUGCAGCGCCUCCCGUGCCAAGGCCCUGCUUCUGGACUCAGUGCCCAUCCUGCGUUGGUUGCCACGGUACCGCGUCCGCGAGUGGCUCCUGGGGGACGUGAUGUCUGGCGUCAUCGUGGGCGUGCUGCUGGUGCCGCAGUCCAUCGCCUACUCGCUGCUGGCCGGCCAGGAUCCCGUUUAUGGCCUCUACACCUCCUUCUUCUCCAGCGUCAUCUAUAGCCUCCUGGGCAGCUCGCGGCACAUCUCCGUGGGCAUCUUCGGCGUACUGUGCCUGCUGGUGGGACAGGUGGUGGACAGGGAGCUGGCGCUGGCAGGCUACCCCUCCUCGGAGACCAGUGCUGGCAACCUCACCAUCAUCACUGGUGUUAUUGAAGGGGAGGGAGGCCUUGGAGUGCCCAGUAAUGGGACGUCUGCUGCUACUGUAGCACUGACGUGUGACCGCAGCUGCUAUGCCAUCCUGGUGGGGGCCACGGUCACGUUCACAGCAGGGGUAUACCAGGUGCUGAUGGGGCUUCUGCAGGUGGGUUUUGUGUCUGUCUUCCUGUCGGGCUACCUGUUGAGUGGCUUCGCUACGGGCGCCUCCGUCACCAUCCUCACCUCGCAGCUCAAGUACCUGCUGGGUCUCAAGCUCCCCCGAGCACAAGGCUGGUUCACCCUUGUCAAGACUUGGGUCAGCCUACUCCGCAACCUGCCUAGCACCAACCUAUGCGACCUGGUGACCAGCCUUGUGUGUCUGCUCGUCCUGGUGCCUGCCAAGGAGCUCAAUGACCGUUUCAAAAGCAAGCUGCCCGCUCCCAUCCCCUUCGAGCUCUUUGUUGUGGUCGUGGCCACGGUGGCGUCGCACUUUGGCCGGUUCUACGAGCGCUAUGGCUCGGAGGUGGCUGGGGCCAUCCCCACGGGCUUCCUGCCACCGCAGGCGCCCGCCUGGCACCUGAUCCCCAACGUGGCGGUGGACGCCUUCUCCAUCGCGCUGGUGGGCUUUGCCAUCACCGUGUCGCUGUCGGAGAUGUUUGCCAAGAAGCACGGCUACAAGGUAGACGCCAACCAGGAGAUGUACGCCAUCGGCUUCUGCAACAUCCUGCCUGCCUUCUUCCGCUGCUUCACCACCAGCGCGGCACUCACCAAGACGCUGGUGAAGGAGUCUACGGGCUGCCAGACGCAGUUGUCGGCGCUGGUCACAGCACUGGUGCUGCUGCUGGUUCUGUUGCUCAUAGCUCCUCUCUUCUACUCACUGCAAAAGUCUGUGUUGGCAGUUAUCAUCGUGGUGAACCUGCGGGGGGCGCUGCGGAAGUUCACGGAACUGCCGCUCAUGUGGAGAUCCAAUCGCAUCGACACGGUCAUCUGGUUGGUCACCGCGGCGACAUCGGCCCUCGUCAACACGGAGCUGGGCCUGCUGGUGGGGGUCCUGGUGUCGGCCUUCUGUGUCCUGGCCCGCACCCAGCGAGCCGCCGCCGUGCAGCUGGGCCGGGUCGUCAGAGCCUCUGAGAGUGCUGGCACGGGGGAGCUCUAUGAGGACUUGGGCUGGUACCGCGGCCUGCAGACCCAUCCAGGCGUGGCCGUGUUCCGCUACGAGGCGCCCAUCUACUACGCCAACCAGGCACUCUUCAAAAGGGCCCUCUACGGUGCCGCGGGGGGGCUGGAUCCGGUCCGGGAGCGGGCCCGGCGCUGCAAGCAAGAAAAGAGGAAGGGUCAGACGAAGCUGGAGAAGGCAACAUUGACCAGCACCACCAGGGGGCAAAAUGGCUCUGAAGACAACGAAGCAGCCGUGGCUCUGUCUCCAGUGGGGUCUGGGGUUCUUGUCGACGCCACAUUCUCCUCACCUGAACACAUCACACCACAAGAGGUUGUGCUGUGCAGUGGGGAGGCCGUUUCCCAGCAACAGCAGCAGCAUAGAGGUGCCUCUUCCUCCUGCAGGUCCUCCAUCCACACCCUGGUGUUGGACUGCAGCCCUGUGCUCUUCCUGGACUCGGCAGGGGUCGGCGCCCUGAAGGAGGUGCGUAAAGACUACGGAGAGGUGGGCGUGUGUCUCCUGCUGGCCUGCUGCCGGCCCUCAGUCACCAAAUCGCUGGAGGCGGGGGGCUACUAUGAGGAUGAAGAAAAUGGGAAGGGCGUCCCCCAUCGCAAGGUGACGACGACAUUCCUGUCUAUCGGUGACGCGGUGCUUUAUGCGCAGAGUCUGUCCUUACUGAACGGUGGCAGCCGUUACAGAGAUGACUGUUGCUGAAACUCAGGUGAUUUUUAUUCUGAGUGUGUUUCUUUGCAAUCUUUCAAUGGCUUUAAAUGUGUUGUACUAUGAAGGGGAUGUCUGUGCUUCAGCCCUUGUGGUGCUCACAGUCGAGGACAGCAGGAUCAAGACAGACUGGGCUACUGACGUUUCGACGCAGUCUGGACUCUGAGGAAGACGCAGGUGCGUUGAAACCGCCAAAGUAAAAAAAAAACUCGAAAAAAAGUAUGCUGAGUGUAGGCCUGGGUGAUUUUUCAAUUUCAAUUUAUUGGCAAUGUAAAAUUUCUGUACGAUUGUAAAUGAGACAUUCAAUGCGCAUUCAAAAAAAAACCAAAGUUUUCACAGACCCGUGAAUAGCCAAUCAUAUCUUAACAGCGCCGCAGGCAACCAAUCAGUUGAAAGAGAGCCACGUCAGGCUUGGUUGUGCACACACACUUGUAAACAAAAACUUGUGUAGAUGAAGCUAGCAGCAGCGCAAAGCCGGUGAAGUUUGCAGCAAACCAUCCCUCCAACCAAACAGUUAAACUAGUCUCAAGACUUGAAAUGAACGAGAACUCUGUUGACGGGAGUUCAACAGAGUAACUAAGAGAGAGUAGCUGAGACAAAUUGCCCCCUCGAACACCAGGAAAAGGAGGCUUGAUCAACAGACCAUGCAGUCUGCCAGCUGCCAAUGCGCACUGUCGAAACAGAAGGAUUUAAAAACCUAAUGAAAGUGAGUGAGCCUCGUUAUCAACUCCCAGGGUGCAAACACUUCCUUACAGCAAUCCCACAGUAAGGUCAUAUAAAUAUUAAAACAUGUUCAUUAUUAUGUUUUUUAUUAUUAUUUCAGUGCUCCGGUCUGAGUGCUUCGGUCAUCCCUGCGUCUAGUCACUGAGAAGUUGCCCAGUUUGUCUUGAUGCGUUGUACUAUAUAUAUGUGCCUUACAAUCUUUCCAGAUCUUCCUGAAUAUUAAGUGCAUUAAAGCAGUGGUUCCCAGAGGUAUGGAGGGACCACUAGGGUCACGCAAGCACACUGCAGGGGGUACGUGGGAUAAUAUAUAAAAAACAAAUGUAUGGAAUAUAGCUACAUUGGGAUGGGGGAAGAGGUAUACAGUACAGGAUGAAUAGGAGGGUACUCAUGGCAUGGCAAAAAGGAAAAAGGACUGGGGGGGUGUUACAGAAGACAGAAAUGGUUGGGAAUCACUGCAUUAAAGUACCAGUGCGUAAUUUUGGUAGUUUAUUUCCAAUUUUUCAAGCUGCUCAUUCACAAAUUUGAUCUUUUUUGUGAUUGGUCUGGUUAGACCAGAACAGAGUACGUUUUUGCUGCCAAAAAUGUUUAUGACUACUAGUGAUUCAAAAUGGCGGAUGUCCCGUAUAUGGACAGGAUCCACCUAUUCAAAGCCAUAAUAAAAACUAGUGGAAAUAGUAUUGAUGAUCAAAAUAAUAGUUAUGACAAGAUGAAGUGUAUGAGUCGGCAGCAGAAAUUCUGGUAAUAAACUUAACUACUGAAAAAUUACACAACCUUCCUUUACAUAUAGUACAUGUACUGUAUGUAUAAUAUACCUAUGCAUGGUAGACAAGUCUAAAGCUUGAUAGAUUCUUGAUAGAACCUGAAUGUCAAGUAAUGUAUACAGGGAUUAAUUUAAAUGAUCUUUUCAUUUGGUGUGCUGUGCACAUCAUUAGGGAUCAAAGAAGUGUAGUGCCUUUGGAACCUUUGGUCCACUUUUCUUUGUCUUUUAUGUGAAUAUCUCAAAACAGUUCCAACCUCCUGGGGGUUCAAAGCUCAGGGAUUUUUUUGAGUGCAUUGGAACAUUUGGAAUAUGUACCUAGACAUGUAUUGAAUAAUAAUUUCAUAACAUUUGUGAAGAGAACGACAGAUACAAAGCUGCCCUAGGAAAUGCAACUUAGAGUAGAUAUUGAAUCAUUAUAUUAGACUGAACAAACUCUUCUAACCAAAGCCAGAGUGUAAUGAAGGACACAGAUCAAGGUACAAUCAGGCAAAUUACCUAUAUUAGACAAAAGGAAGAAAAGGAAGAAAAAUCUGGUGUCACAUACUAUAACUGCAAUAAAACUAGCGUUUCGACAUACACAUACUUCUUCGAAACAUUAGUCUUAUUGCACUGGGAAAAAACCCCAGAACAUAGACAUCUGUUUGGCACCAGAUGUUCUCUUCCUUUUGUUUAUGACUUAGUCCUGCAGUGGUUGUUACUGCACUGCUGUUACUUUAGAAGCGUGGAGUACGUACUUUCCUUUGUUCUGCAUUACACAUUGCCUUCUCCUCUUAUGGAUGUGAUGCAGGAAUGAAUUGGAUGCUACAACAGUCUCACCUAAACUCCACUGCGAAAAAGAAUGUUUACUGAAGCCAUACAACUGUAAUCCAGCAGGAUUAUUGUUCCUGAGAACAUGACCAAAACCAUCUCCGAAUACCUAAUUUUCCUGUGAGGGAGGACUGCUCUGGUGUAUGUAGAUUACACAGUCACUUUGUGUAUGUAGCAUGCAAAGUUUGCAAAUCAAAAUGAUAAUGUGCAAAUCUUGCCAAAUCAGCCAAAGGUACUGAAAAAAAAUAUUUACAGUGUAAUCUUACACAUUGAAACAUCCUGAAUGGCUGAAACAAGCCAAAUGUCUGAAUUAACUACUGUAUGUUUGCAAUGGGACCAUGCGUCAUGGUAUAGUUUACAAUGUGUUACAAAAUACCUUGGUGCUGUUAUCCACACAUCUAACAUGCUUGUCAACACACAUUUUGAAUGAAUGUAAGAUACCAUGUGUCUUCCCUUCUUUUCUCACCUGACAAGAACAGCUUUGUGUUUUGUAGGGCAAACAGUCAGCCCCACCCAACGCAAUGGAGGUCCAGGAAUGCUUAUUGUACUAGUUUACAAUGCAGUAUAUGUCACUUAAAAAGAAGGGAGGGAGUGCCACUUCUAUGACGUGUGUGUGUGUGUGUGUGUGUGUGUGUGUGUGUGUGUGUGUGUGUGUGUGUGUGUGUGUGUGUGUCUUUGCAAGCAUUUCUACGGUAUUUGCUUGUAAUUGUGGCUAGUUCAGCAGUGCCUGAUGCCUGAUGGAGCUCUAUCACAGAUCCACACUAAACAAGUUAAUUUCAGAUAGUUGUGCUUUGUCCUCUGUCUGUUUGUUUCAACAUAUGUUAUACUGGCAACACUUUAUUUUAGCAUCUAUUAGCAC